CAGAUACGAACCAAACACCUCAGUGACCACACAUUUUCUUUCGUAUUUAACUCGGUUAAACGAGGUGAACUACCGAAAUAGUAGAGUUUCACUGGAGGAGCUUAAAUAGCGGCGAGGCUGAAUUUAGCUAACGAGUUAUGCUGCUGGUGGACCCUGGUCUGUACAUCGGCACUGCGGCUGACCUCAAUGACAGCCAGGCACUGGCCAAUGCAGCUGUCACUCACAUCCUGAGUGUGGACUCUGAGGACCCUGCCCCUCUUCUUCCUGCAGAUGGGGGCCUCUGCAAAAAGUGGGUCAAUGUUCUGGAUGAGGUCACCUCUGACCUCUUGAGUCACAUGGACGACUGCUUCCUGUUCAUUCAGGAGGCUCUGGAUGGAGGCGGGGCUGCACUUGUUCACUGCCAGGCUGGUCGGAGUCGCAGUGCCACCAUCAUUACUGCUUAUCUUAUGAAGAGAUACCAGCUGGGUUUCACUGAGGCUUACCACAGACUGAAGACUGUUAAACAGGAUGUACAGGUCAACAGUGGUUUUGAGGAGCAGCUGUGUUUGUAUGAGGCCCUGCACUGUGAAGUGGACUCCUCCAGUCCUCUAUACAAACAGUACAGACUGACCAAGCUCACUGAGAAGUACCCUGAGUUGCAGCAUGUUCCCAGGGAGCUGUUUGCCAUUGACCCUGCCCACUCCAGCUCCUCUGAGGUGUCCUAUCGUUGCAGGAAGUGCAGACGAACUCUGUUCCGUGGCUCCAGUAUUCUCAGUCAUCCAGUAGGAGAGGGAGCGCCAGCCUUUAGUCAUAAGAAGUCCAGUAACCUCACAGGAGAUAUCCAGUGUACGUCUUACUUCAUUGAACCAGUGCAGUGGAUGGAACAGUCUUUACUUGGAGUGAUGGAUGGACAGCUGCUGUGUCCUAAGUGCAACUCUAAGCUGGGCUCAUUCAGCUGGUGUGGUGAUCAGUGUUCGUGUGGUCGCUGGGUCACUCCUGCCUUCCAGCUGCACAGAAACAGAGUGGACGAGAUUCGACAGCUCAACAUGAACAAAUAACACACACUCAUGCUCACACUCACUUGCUCACUCAUAAAUGCAUGUAGUCUUUGCAGGCAGGAAAAAAGCACAUAGCUCAUCUACACACACGUUAACAAGAAUUAUGUGACAGAAAUUUUCAAAUGUUGCAGUCCUCUUCCACCAGGUUAUAAAGACUCAUGCAGUACAGUACAGUGUCUUUGGGUGUUGACUGGUAGAUCAAAGAAAUUAAUAUUUCAGAAAAUUAACAUUAUUUUUUCAUAACUGCAAGAUUUGUUUGACAGUUUAUGUAAUUCAGCUCAUACAGACACUUGAGGCCUUUGCACACUGAGUCUAUUUAUUUCAUAUGCAUUUCUUUAAUCCGUCAUCUGGAAAAAAUAGUUAUGUGCGGAAACCUUGCAUACUGAGCACGAUGCGUUUUAAUGUUCUGUUCGUUGUGAAAAUUUGCAAUAAGAAACAAAAUGUAAGGACACAGUGAGGAAUAAAAGAAUACCACGUGACCCAUUCCUCCCCUGCCACAUUUUCUUCACUGCUUCCUGGUCAAACAACUCUCUAAAUCCAAGAAAACGCAGAAAAUUAAAUCUUUUCCGAAAAGUUUAAUGACGGACGAAAGUUUCAGAGUCUGUGUGUAAACGUAGUUCACACAACCUGAGGUCAUUCGUAGUUUUGGAUGUGCGACAGUUUGGAUGAAAAACACCAGACUCAAUGUGCAAAGACCUUUUUGUUUUGUCUGGUAUAACAAAUUUUCACAGUGAGUAGAACAUAGAAGGCAUUGGAGUCAGUGUGCAGGGUUUCUGUUCGCAAUGAUUUGAUGGAUUAAAUAAAUACACAAAAAAAUGGACUAAAGGUCUUUGCACACUGAGUACACUUUUGUAUAUUUAAAAUUAUUGCACAUCUAAGAAUACAUAGGGCCUCGUGUUGUGCCAGUCGAGUUUACACACUGCCUCCACAACUUUUGUCUGUCCUUAAAGUUUUCGAAUAAGCAUCGUUUUUCUGCGUAGGGAGUUGUUUGACCAAGAAUAAGUGACAAAAAUAUGGCAGCGAGAGAAAUGCACAACAAGACAGAGGAACAGUAUCGUUUCAUAACUCAGACAGCCUAAUUACAACAGGUCAGACAGUUAUAUGCAGGUGACUGAUGAUGAAAAGGAGGAGGAUGUGGACCGCACACAGAGGACCACUCAGCCCCUUCAUGUAGCCACAGUGCCAAAUGUAAGACGCAGGCAGAAGGUGGUGACAGACAGGGAGGUACCUCCUGUGAAGAGAAGCAAAGGGAGAAAAUAUGUCUUUACAUUUUGUCUCGUGCAAAUUUUUGCAACUUAAAGAACAAUGAAACAAAUUGCUCUUAGUGUGCAAGCUUACUGUGCCAAUUUUUGUCUGAAGUUGGAUUUUUUAAAAAAAAAAAAAGACAUACCAGAA